AUGUCUCACAACAUACUCAUCACCGGAGCUUCUGGCUAUCUCGGCGGUACACUCCUUGCCCGCUGGGCUGAGGCUGACCUUAAGGGCUACGACAAACUGUAUGCUCUCGUUCGAACCGAUGAACAGGCUGCGGCGGUGAAGAAGUACGGCGCCGAGCCUUUGACGUUCUCGCUCAAAGAUGAGACGGCUGUGUCAGACGCAGUUCUGAAGCAUCAGAUCACGAUUGUGUAUUAUUUGAUUGAUGCUGUCGCGUCCGUCAGUCAACAGUACUUCAUCAAAGCUCUUGGAGAUCUGAAGCGCCAAACCGGACUGGACGUUCAUUUUCUUCAUACAUCCGGUGCAAAGAUGUUCUCAAGUCAUGCUGGUGCCCCUACGGAUCGACCCUUGCUCGACACCCAUCCAGAACUCUAUGACAUUCAGAAAGCUCAGAAGGCAGCUAUUUCUGUCAUUCAGCCAGGCAUUGAAACAAACAAAACUAUAACAGAUGAGGCUGAAGCCAACGGCGUGAAGUCAUACAUCUUUGCUCCUUGCAUCGUUUAUGGUAAGAAUGAGGGUUUUGGAAACCCAAUCUCAAUCCAAACCAGGGAAAUCGUGAAGGCCGCAAAAGCAGCAGGUCGAGUCUACUCGGUUACUCGUGGACGACCGACCUGGCCUGUGUGCCAUGUUGUUGACAACGCGACACUUUAUCUACAAAUUCUCCGCUCGAUUCUGAACAAUGAAAACCCCGGCAGCGGCCGCAAAGGGUACUACCUGGCCUCUCCCGGAAGCGUGGUCUGGGAUGACAUCUACGCUUCCAUGGCUAAAGCGCUCUACAAAAGAGGAGUCAUUGAGACCGAUGAGGUCGUUCAAGCUGAUGAAAACGCACUCGGCGCUAUGGCUCAAGGCAUGGGUGUUGAUUUGCCCCUAGUUGAACUGGGGUUGGCUGGAAAGUGUACCUUCACAGCCAAGCACGGCAGCGCGAUCGGGUGGAAACCUCAGUACACACCAGAGCACAUUAUCGAGUCUGCAGACGCCGAGGUGGAGCUCAUCCUCCAGAACUUGAGUUAA